AUGGAUACGUGUCACCCAGUCCUCGACGGCAAGGUUGAACAUGUAACCAUCGCUACUCCGCCCUUUCAUGAAAGCAAUCUAAAACAUUGGUUUGUUCAGUUAGAGGCACUUUUCGAACUUCGUGGCAUUAGAUCUGAAAUACUCAAAUAUCUCCACGUCGUCUCCGCGCUUUCUCCGCACGUCACUGAUGAUAUCGACGAUAUCCUCGAAUUGCCAGCAGAGAGGAAAACUUACGAGGAAAUCAAAGCCGCGAUUCUCAAAAGAACAGGUCUUUCAGAUCGUCAACGUAUCACGAAGCUUCUGAGCGAAACGGAGUUGGGUGAUCUCAAGCCAUCGCAGCUAUUGCGCAAGAUGCAAAGUUUAGUCAAACCCGACAUGGUGGACGACACAUUUCUCAAGGAAAUGCGGCUGCGUAGAUUGCCAUGUGAAAUGUGCAAUAUCCUUUACGCAAAUGCUGGCGCAUCCCUAACGCUGAUGGCCGAUAUCGCAGACCAAAUUUGGGAAUCUUACGGCCAGAUUUCGCAAGUUCGAUCUAUGCCGAAAGACGAUAUUGCCGCACUCACCAAAAAGUUUGCCGAUUUCACAAUUUCUGGGAAUAGCUGCCGAUGUCGUUCUUCAAAUCGUCAACGCCCAUCUCGAUCAAAAUCACCGCCGAAAUCACCAUGCCGAAUGCUGGUACCAUCGUCGAUUUGGCCAGCCGGCCAAGUCGGGCCGCUUACCGCGUUCGUUUAA